AUGCAUAAGAAGGCACCUGCCAAGAGAGUGCCAACUUCCAAGCCUAGGAAAGCUGUUGUAGAAGAAACAAUGGAGUUCACCAUUGAACCCAAAGAGGCUGGAGAUGGCAAGAAGAGAAAGGAGAGGGCCAGGAAGACUAUUGCCAGAGUCAUUGGCAAGCCCUCCAUGAUGAGAGAUUCUGAAGAGGAAGGAGAAGAGGAUGCUGCUCUAGCUCCCAAAGCUCAGAAGCUUAUGGGAGAUGCUAUUAAGUCAGGGGCUGCAACAUCUAAGCCCAAGACUGCUCCCAAAGCAACAGCUCAAGCUCAGAAGUCUGCACCCAAGAGGAACACCAGGAGCAUUCCCGCAGAAGAGAAGAACAAGGCCCCACUGAGGACAUGCACAUCAGAAAGGAUGCUGGAUUGA